AUGCACGCUCACGCCUCGUGGUACGCGCUCCAGCUGUCAGCAGUGCUGCUGUGGUGGGCCUUGAUCAAGAGGAUGACCGGCAAACAUCUCUACUCGCUCUGCUCCUCGAGCGUCAUCACCCGUCCGUCGUGGCUUUCGCGAGAAGCUCUCACUCUCCUCGUCUCGCACAAACGCCAAAUCUUCCUCGCGCUUCCGGCGGCUCUGGCGGCCGGCGCGUUCGCAGGCCAGCACGCGCUGGUUCGUCUGCUCGUUGCGCUGGUCGUCUCGCUUUAUCACCUGUCCGAGAGCAGCCACACGAACCGGCACGGCGAGUAUCCGGUGCUGUACACGGCGUGGGCAAUGGUCCUGCCGGCCAGCUUCGCGCACGCUGCGAGCAUGGGCGUCGCCAUUCACUUUGUCCUCUCCUGCGGCAUCGCAAAGUGCAUGGUCGGCGGACCGCGCGCUUGGGUGUUUGGCGGAACGAUGCGAACCUAUUUGGAGGUGUAUGGCCAGUCAACGUCGAGCAAGCCGCUCGUGCGCGGCCUGAACAGGUUGCUGGCGCGCCGCGCGAGUACGAUGAUCGGUGCCAGCACGCUCCUCCUCGAGUGCGUCGCAGUGCCACUCACGCUUCUGCUGCCGGGCGUGUGGGGGAUGGUCGGGCUCCACGUCGGGAUCGCGCUCGCCAUGUCGCUCAACGUCGGGCUGGUCUUCCUGACGACUCUGCCGACGUACGUGCACGGCUUCUCCUGCGACGCGCGCGUCGGGUCGGCCGAGUGGCGUGCCUCGCCGCGCGCGGCACAAGCGCGGAAGGUCCUCGGUUUGAUGCGUGGAGGGAUGGGCUCGAAGGCGGAGAGGAUCGCACGGCUCACGAUGACGGGCCGGACGCGCCUCGUCCUCGCCACGCGGGAGGCGGCGCAGCAGGACCUCGUCGGGACUCGCUCGGGCGCCUUUGGAGCGAAGGACGCGCCCGCCGGCCACGCCGUGCACGACUCGAUCCUGCGUGCCACCGGCUUCACGCUGCUCCACGACAACCUCGUGGACGCCUUCGACCUGCCGGCAGACGCAGCGGCUCGCGGAGCCGACGGCGGCGCGGCGCCCGCGGCGAAAGACGCGGCCGCUCGAGAGGCGGCGGAGCUGGAGAUGAUGCGGCGGCUGCUGAUGCGGCUGGAGCGGUGGCUUGCGCGCGAGCGUAGGCUCCUCGAGGCGUCGAGCGCGAGGCCGCUCGAGCGGGCGUAUUUUGUAUUGUUGGAUGGCGACAAGACGAGAGUCGCAAAGGUCCUGGCCGACGCCGCGUGA